GUCUGGUCGUCCACAGCCACGACACCAUGGCACAGGUCAGAGGUCAGCGCGGCCAGAACCCAGAUCACAAAGAGAAGAGUGUGAAGGUCAACCAGGUUCGCUCCAUGUUGGCCUUGCUCUCGAGGUCACGUGAGGAGCCGUCCAAUGUCGUCGAGGUCAGCACGGAAAGCCCGCAUGUGGCGGAGAUGGACUGGAGUGGGGAAGUGGAGACCGGAGGAAACAGAGGUUUAGUGGCAGAUGAAGCAGGUGGAGCAGGUCAACACCUUGCAAGCUGGAACAGCUCCGUGCUGCGAGAACUGAGUCAGGUGCUGGACCAGUCCGAUGUUCUGAAGGGCAUGUGGAACAAUCACAAGAUGCAGCUGGCUGAGGUGUUGGCUAGCCGAGACCGAGAAGCUGCACGCGCAGGACGCCUGGAGCAAGGUCUGGCACGUGCUCGUCACAUGAUCCAGUCUCUCCGCUGCCAGCGGCGCCAGACGCACCAGUACCUGGAGCAGAAGGAGGAGGAGUGGGCCACGGCCUUACGUUGCCAUAGAAACGAAGCGACUUUCCUUCGAAGGAAAAUUCUGGUGGGACUGGAGGAGAAGAAACACUUGAUUGCAGACCCCAAGAAGGACGGUCGCCUGGCAGCCAUCCUGGACUCGCUACUGGCCCUGCACAUGGAGCGAGAACACUUCCUGGCGCUGGACCUGGCCAAACAAAACAAGAUCAACGAAUUAAAAUUGUUGGCCAUCAGACAACAGCUGUCCAUGGAGGAGCUGAAAGAACGCAACAUGGAGCUGACCAAUGCCCUCAGUCUCCUCUUGCAGUGCUUGCCGCACACCGGGCCAGGAAUCCGCCUCCCGUCUCCCUCCAACCCCCGCUUCGCGUCUUCUUCGACUUCUCGAGGUGUGAGUGGGGGUGGGAGCUGGGGUAGCAGCAGUUACCGAGGAUCAGACUUGACAGAUCUGUUGUACUGUGACCGAGCCGUCUACCUCCCUCGACAGUCUACUUGCCCCGACUUGGUGGCCAUUAGGGUGUACAGCGUGGGAGGUGAGCAGUCUCACUUGGCAUCGGCUGUGGAAGACACCUGUGAUGUCAACAGACAACAUUGUGCUGCAGAUGGGGACCAUCACCACACUGACCAGCACCACCACAACAUUCAUCACGACCAGACUGGCCACGACAGGAGUCUGGCAGAAGACUUGCUGCGAGAGUUAAGUCUUUACGGACCUGGCAGUCCCAACUUCACUCUUGCCGAUGUGCAGUAAGCCAUCCACAGGGUGCUCUGUAUAUGGCGUGCGGUGUGUCUGCACAUCGCACUGAACAAUGUCAAGGCCACCAAGCAGGACGCAGUUGGUGGAGAGGACAGUGACACCUGAACAAACCUUGCAUGAAGCUGUGGGUUUUUCACCACCUGGGCAAAGAUUUUGAUCACUGCCAUGUGUGGGAACUUUGGCCUGUGGUCAGUGUUUAGCACAUAAUAGGGAAGGGGGGAGGUGGAGCUGAGGGGACCCAGGUAAAUUUACCAAACAAGCCAUUACAUGCUUCUCACAAUGUCAUUGAAAAAAUAUUGACACGUUUCUUUAUAUAUUAUAUAUAUUUUAUAAGUGAACGCUAAAUAAAUGUGAUAUAACACCGGUGAGGUGAAGGUAUGUGCAUGAACUACUCGUAGGUCAUGUGUUGGUCACAUGUUUAUCCCCUGGGUAGGUCAUGUAGCACCUCAUCCCACAACCAGAACUUGAUAUGACAAGCAACCGAAGGAUAGCAAGAACAUUUUAUUUAUGUCUUGAACAUGGUCCAUGUCAUCUGCUCUUGUACAUAUAAAAUGUACGACCUUGAUCUGCAUGAACACUGUUCACAUAGUAUGCACUAACAGAGAGCACACAGCAGCAAGACGGCAGCCACAGGUUUACAAAGGUGGUAAAAAUAAUCUUUUUUAAAAAAGAAAAAUAUUCUGGACGGAGCAGCGCACAAUGCAGACAAGAAGCAAAAUAAAUCUAAAGAGAUGUAUGAUCAGAGCUUACUCAAGAGAAACAACUCUUACUUCGUGCAAACAAAAAAAUUAAUGUACACAAAUCUAUACUCAUGAGAAAACCAUGUAAGAUUCUUCAGGUAGAGGUGUAAAUUGUAAAGAAGUCUUUGGACAAAGAAUGAAACAAUGACAACACUUGAAUGUAUUUCUAAUAAAUAAUGCAAAAACAAUGACUUCACACAUGGUACAUUCAAACACAGGCAUAAGGAUACUGAUAUGUUGAAUAUAAGAAGUGUUAGCAACCAAACAUUUUUAAAAAACGAUCCCGGCGCUGCUAUCAAAAUUAAAAACUGAUGUCCACAUUGUGAUUAAAGCUUGUGCAUUCUUAGGCAUCCAGACGUGCAUGCAUACACACUGAGGAUUACAAAAAAGAACAGAAACAUAACUCAGACCACAGAUAUCUCCCUCUCUAAGCUAUUAAAAUUUUUUUAAUUAUCAGAAGCAAAGUGCCAAACGUCAACUUUUUGCAGUCUUAACCAGGAUUCAAAUGAUCUUUUCCAAUUAAACAAAGAGAUAGAAAAUAAAAACGGUAUUUAGACUGUUGUCUGUUUAGAAUUGGGUCACAGAAAUCUCCCCUCUUUGUGACUUGUGAGAAAUGGCAAUCCGAAAGCCAGCAAACUGCAGAGUUGUGUAUGUCAAUACAGAUAUGUGUUAUAGCGAUGUCAUGAAUUAUUUAGAGAAAGUAACACCCAGUAAAGGGCUCGUGAACAGGGUGUGGAGGCCACAAACACCAGCAUAACAGACAGGCACUCAGAGGCAGGAGGCACAAACAUCAGUGCAACAAACAGGCAUCCAGGGACAGGAGACAGAAAUACCUGCAUAAUGAUUACCACAAACCAAUUUAUUGCUGCAUAUUUCUCAUCUGAAAAAAGAACUGAAAACUGAUGAUGAUUUUGCAAAAAAAUGUGUUUCAAAAUACCAGCUUGUCAAUACAACAAACCCCUAAAAUAAAAUUGUGUGUGUGUGAGAGCACACAAGAAGAGAGAAAGGGAGCAGCCAAUAAAGCCAGUGAAUAGCUAGCAUCAUAAAAUUUAAAAAUAUGAGUACCUCAACUAAUGAGAAUUCCUGUUUGUCAAAAAUGUCGCGCAUGGUAUCUUCACAUGCACUGCUUGACUGAAAAGAAAAGCCAGGCUAAAAAACUUCCCUCUCUCCCAAGUGCCACUCAAGGUCAUGGCAGAUUAAGCAUGGAAACACAGACUAGCUACAGCGAGGAAUCAGAUUCAACAUUAAGCUGAAGAAGGCUGAAAAAGAUGUGCAUCUACAAGACAUCACAGCUAUUCAGGACUGACCUGCUCAUGAGUCAACCUGAAGGGAAAGGGAAGAGCAGAACUGUAGUCAGCUGCAUGUCAGGUGUAAUGCCAGCAGUUCAUGGGAAGCAGCCAUAAUCAUCAUUAAACAUGCAUUUUGCCAGCCAGCAUACACCGACAAAUAUUCCACACAAAAUCAUUACAAUUCUUUUGUCUAUAUACACAUUUAACACAUCUCCCUCCUCUCUUUUUUUUUUUACAUUAUCUACCAGGUCUUCUGCUUACGCAAAAAAUUGCGUACAGUACGCAUUAAAAGUUCGGAGGACCCCUUCAAUUUUCGUCAAUGGGGUCCUCUCCAAAGUUGGGGGAAGAACAGGGACCCCUUAAAAAUCUGAAGAAGGGGUCCCUGGGACCCCAAAGAAUUUAGCCUUAGCGGAAGCCCUGUCUACAUUGUCAAUGCUGGGACAAACUAUUUUUGCAAUCCAGAUGUCACAUACACUAGCUCCGUUUGGAAAUAUUUUGUUGGAAAAAAAAACCAAACAAAAACUAUCCCCCUAAAAAAUUAGAUGUAAAACUAUU